AGGAACAGUAUAAACACAGUAAUAAGGUGACAGAAAGCAGUAACGGGAUAAGACGGUGAGUGAGUUAGUGUGGGAGGGGGGAGGUAUGAGGGGACAGCACUUCUUUUUCAUUCUCACUGUCCUGUUUCUGGGGACCCUGCUGACCACUUCCAUCUGGUACACGUCCAACGACAGUCAUCUGGAGCCUCACAGACUACCUGCUCUGAAGAAAACUGAGAAAAGAGCCCCCUCUGUGUCCUCUGACAACUGUAAUGACUGCAGUCAUGUGGAGCCUGACAAACUGCCUCCUCAGAAGAAAACUGAGAAAAAAGCCCCCUCUGUGUCCUCUGACAACUGUAAUGGCUGCAGUAAAGUCAUAAAUAAAGUUUUAGAGCACUAUUCUCAAACCUGGACCAAGCAGGAGGAAAAUUACCUAAAAUACAGAUCUCAGUUGCACACCAGGUGCCGUGGCUCCGACAAGGCCAUUCUCACCCAGGCCAACACCCCGGUGGGAUCGAAGAUUGUGUACGAUGGUGAAAGAAAGACGAUCCGCGAAGUGACCCCGGAGCUUUUCAGAACAUUUGUGAAGGAGUCUCCAUUUUCAAAUAAAACAUGGAACACAUGUGCUGUGGUUGGAAACGGAGGGAUCCUGACCAAUAGCAACUGUGGAAACACAAUAGAUUCAACCCAGUUUGUCAUCAGGUGCAACUUACCUCCUUUGGAGAAUGAAUUUAAGGCACAUGUGGGCAGCAAGACCAACAUUGUGACUGCAAACCCAACCAUUUUUAUUAACAAUCAUGUGGAGCCUCACAGACUACCUGCUCCGAAGAAAACUGAGAAAAGAGCCCCCUCUGUGUCCUCUGACAGCUGUAAUGACUGCAGUCAUGUGGAGCCUGACAAACUGCCUCAGAAGAAAACUGAGGAAAAAGCCCCCUCUGUGUCCUCUGACAACUGUAAAGGCUGCAGUAAAGUCAUAAAUAAAGUUUUAGAGCACUAUUCUGAAACCUGGACCAAGCAGGAGGAAAAUUACCUGAAGUACAGAUCUCAGUUGCACACCAGGUGCCGUGGCUCCGACAGGGCCAUUCUCACCCAGGCCAACACCCUGGUGGGAUCGAAGAUUGUGUACGAUGGUGAAAAAAAGAAGGUCUACGAAGUAACCCCGGAGCUUUUCAGAACAUUUGUGAAGGUGUCUCCAUUUUCAAAUAAAACAUGGAACACAUGUGCUGUGGUUGGAAACGGAGGAAUCCUGACCAACAGCAACUGUGGAAACACAAUAGAUUCAACCCAGUUUGUCAUCAGGUGCAACCUACCUCCUUUGGAGAAUGAAUUUAAGGCACAUGUGGGCAGCAAGACCGACAUUGUGACUGCAAACCCAAGCAGUUAUAUGAAGAAAUAUGGGGCUCUAUCAGGACAGCGCCGUCCAUUUGUGGACAAUCUCCAAAUAUAUGGAAACUCCAUGAUGCUCCUUCCUGCGUUUUGCGUUGUGAAAUCCACUCCUUUGUCCCUGCAGGCACUUUACACUGUGGAGGACUUUGAGAUUCCCAUUCAGCCUGUCUUACUGAACCCAGAGUACGUCCAGAGUCUGACUGAUUUGUGGCGCAGCCAGGGUCUAAAAGAAAUCCGGCUCAGCACUGGUUUUAUCAUGGUUAGCCUGGCACUGGAAAUUUGUACCAAUGUGCACCUGUAUGGCUUCUGGCCCUUCAGUAACCACCCACACGGAUUUCAACCCCUCACUCACCACUACUACGAUGAUGAAAAGGCAACUUACUUUCAUGCCAUGCCUUCUGAAUUCAAACUCCUGCUGCAGCUGCACAGUCAGGGGGUGCUCAGGCUUCACCUGGGACAAUGUGGGGAACAGUCGCUCCAUGUAGUCCCAUGGAAAACUCAGAAGUACAGUGCCUUUCUUGUAUCCUCAGGAUGAAGCCUGUGAAGCCCUCCCUUUAUUUUUAAGUGAAUUGAGGAACCUAUUUUGGCUAAAGUCAUGGAUCAAGUGUAUCUGACUGAGUUGGAUGCUGACUUGUUGUUGUUGCUGUUUUGUUUUUGUUAUUUGUUUCUGUUGACUGGGUGGCUGGUGUUGAUGGUGGGGUGGCCAAGGUGUUCAGUUUAAAAUAAAUCUGUCUUUAUUUUUUAGUCCAGCAUGAUACACCAGUACAUGAUACACCAGUAUGUUUGGAAUCCGAUGUUUGAAUCACAAACAGGUUGAGGCUGUCCUUGAUUUUUGUCAGAGGAUAAUUUUGUCAAUUUCUAUAUCUUGGAGGUGUUACUGAAAUUCAAUGUUGUGGUGUGACAAAAUGAACUUAAAAAGUGAAAACAAACAUGAGGUUUAAAUGUUAAUCCCUUUUUAUUUUAAGCUAGUUUUAAUGUUCAUUACAACAUAUUUUAGGGUUAAACCAUGAUUUAAUUGUACUUAAAAAGACUGGUUUAACUCUGUACUUUUAUACUUUGUGCAACUUGUCCCAGAUAUGUAAGUGUCUGCCAAGUUUGUGUCCCAAAUGUGAGCAGUUGACAGUUACAUACGCUGUGUUGCGACAUGCUAUUCACCUGUCACUGUGCUAAUCAGACAAGAAAAUCGUACUGUGACAAAGUGGCAUUAUACUCAUACUGGUACUAUGUUGUGUCUUUUAAAGAUGAUGUAAAAGCGAAAUGAAUAUCAGUAAAUUGCCUAAUGUAAGGUGAUGUGAUGUAAUGAUUAUGAAUCCAGCACUUUUGGUGAAAAUCUUUGGGAUUAUCUUUUCUUAGUGUGGGUCUUACAAAUCUGAAAGUAUGGCGUUGGAACUCCUACUUUCUGAGUCUUAAGGUGUAUUUUCUCAUGUACAAGCUGUACAUGAAACUAUUGAAACUUAACAACCUCUGAUGAGCCUGAUUUAGAAUCAUGUGAAUGUUUAAAAGUGUGUAUUUGUGAAUAGCAGUGGAAAUAAGGAAAUGUCAAAGAGAAUAAAUAUUUACCA